UGCUUGGAUACUUCCUCCAAGCCUCAAGCCAGCUUGUUAUGGACUGGCACCUCCCUUCCUCUCUUUUUUUCUUCUCCAAGUAUUUGAGCUGCUGUAUACUCUACGAUAUCACCACUACUUUGAAUAUUCAGUUAUAAACUCUGCUCCUUUUUCUGUUGGUUCUUUGUCCUUUUUUUUAAUUCUUUUCGGGGUUUUAUCAGCUUGUCGGCUGAUUUAUUUUUAAAUUUUUUAAUUUGGUUUUGCUGUUGAACAGCACUGGCAGUGAGGUUCCUCUCAUGAGUUAUGACCCACAUUCGCCUAAUCGCCUCUGCAUCUAAUCUACAGUUCCCAUUUUCAACCCUUUUCAAGCUUAUAUAUAUAGAACUUUCCUCUCAGACCUCCCAUGUGCUCACAGCUUACGUACAUUGUCUUGAGGAAGAACUUCAAUGCAAGCAAAAGGAUAUAUUAGAUUGUCGAUUCUUGUAAUGUCACCCCGCUUCGUGGUCGUAAUGGCUCAAAAUCCAUAAGAGUUUGCAGCUGAUUUGUGCCUGUUAUAGUCAUCAUUUGGCAUCCAGCCAUUAAAGGAAGAUAACCCAGUUGACUUGCCACACACCAUGGAGGAGACCUUCGUGCCUUUUCGCGGAAUCAAGAAUGACCUUCAAGGAAGAUUGAUGUGUUACAAACAAGAUUGGACCAGCGGUAUUAAAGCAGGCUUCAGGAUUUUGGCUCCAACAACUUACAUAUUCUUUGCUUCUGCUAUCCCAGUUAUUUCAUUUGGUGAACAGUUGGACAGAAAUACAGAUGGGAUUCUAACAGCAGUUCAGACAUUGGCAUCUACUGCUUUGUGUGGGAUUAUACACUCUAUUAUUGGAGGUCAUCCUUUGCUGAUUCUUGGAGUGGCAGAACCUACUGUGCUUAUGUACACGUUCAUGUUUAACUUUGCCAAAGACAGACCUGAUUUGGGACCAAAACUCUUCCUAGCAUGGACUGGAUGGGUAUGUGUAUGGACUGCAAUCUUGCUGUUCUUGCUGGCUAUUUUAGGAGCUUGCUCUAUUAUCAAUAGGUUUACCCGAUUGGCAGGGGAACUGUUUGGYCUGCUUAUUGCAAUGCUCUUCAUGCAGCAAGCUAUUAAAGGUGUUGUGGAUGAGUUUCGCAUACCCCAAAGAGAAAAUCCAAACUUAACGCAGUUUUUACCUUCAUGGAGGUUUGCAAAUGGGAUGUUUGCUUUAGUUUUGUCGUUUGGACUUCUUCUUACUGCACUGAGAAGUCGGAAAGCACGAUCAUGGCGAUAUGGAUCUGGCUGGCUACGAGGCUUUGUAGCAGACUACGGUGUGCCGUUGAUGGUUCUAGUGUGGACUGCUGUUUCCUACAUACCAUCUGGUAGUGUUCCAAGAGGGAUCCCUCGACGCCUCUUCAGCCCAAAUCCAUGGUCACCAGGCGCCUAUGAGAAUUGGACAGUAAUCAAGGAGAUGCUAGAUGUGCCCAUCCUCUAUAUAGUUGGAGCUUUUAUUCCAGCAACAAUGAUUGCAGUUCUGUACUAUUUUGACCACAGUGUAGCAUCUCAGCUUGCUCAGCAGAAAGAGUUCAAUUUGAGAAAACCACCGUCUUUCCAUUAUGAUUUACUUCUCUUGGGUUUCCUGGUCAUAUUGUGUGGUCUUCUUGGUAUACCACCAUCAAAUGGUGUCAUCCCACAAUCUCCAAUGCAUACAAAGAGUUUGGCUACUCUUAAGCACCAACUUCUACGUAACCGGCUUGUAGCCACAGCUCGCAAAAGUAUGAGUAAGAACUCAAGCUUGGGGCAAUUAUAUGGAAGUAUGCAAGAGGCCUACCAACAGAUGCAGACUCCGUUGAUCUAUCAGGAGGCUUCAGUUCGAGGACUAAAGGAACUGAAAGAGUCAACAAUUCAAUUGGCAUCAAGCCUUGGAAAUAUUGAUGCUCCUGUUGAUGAGACAGUAUUUGAUGUUGAGAAGGAGAUUGAUGAUCUCUUGCCUGUUGAGGUCAAAGAGCAGCGGGUUAGCAACUUACUUCAAGCUUUAAUGGUGGGAGGUUGUGUUGCAGCCAUGCCUUUCCUUAAAAUGAUUCCGACCUCGGUGCUCUGGGGCUACUUUGCCUUCAUGUCCAUUGAAAGCUUACCUGGCAAUCAAUUUUGGGAAAGGAUCCUAUUGCUUUUCACUGCUCCAAGCAGAAGAUACAAAGUGCUUGAGGAGUAUCAUGCAACAUUUGUGGAAAGUGUGCCCUUCAAGGCAAUUGCAACUUUUACGAUUUUCCAGACAACUUACUUGCUCGUAUGUUUUGGAAUUACAUGGAUACCAAUUGCUGGGGUUCUGUUUUCUUUGAUGAUCAUGCUUUUGGUUCCUGUGAGGCAAUACCUUCUGCCCAAGUUUUUCAAAGGGUUACACCUUCAAGAUUUAGAUGCAGCAGAAUAUGAAGAGUACCCAGCAAUUGAGGGAGUUAUGAGAGAUUUUGCAGAAAGAGAGCUUCUAGAUGAGAUGAUCACUCGAGGCCGGGGUGAGUUUAGGCGUACCUGCAGUUCCAAAAUAACAAGCUCCAAUGCAACUCCACUAAACAAUCUUAAAACCCUUCAAAGCCCCCGGUUUGCAGAGAAAGCAUAUAGUCCUCGAAUAACUGAAUUGAGAGGGGAUCAUCAAAGUCCUCAGCUUGGUGGACACAGUCCAAGGACAGGUGAAGCACAACCAUCCAAUUUGGGACAGAGCCCUCAAACUUAACUUGAAAUCGCCAAGGUGAUUGGUUUGUUUAUUAUAUGGAUCAGUAUACUAUGGGGUGCUUGUGGUGGGUUUUCUUCAUAUAUACUUGGUGUAGGUCCAACAAUUAUGUAAAAUCUCUUGCUUUCUGGCUCUUCUGUACCCAGAGGAGAUUUGUAAUCAUAGAGUUGUAUCAAUGAUACAAACUAAUAUUUUAUGCUUUGUGCAUUUUUCUUAUUUUUCCACAUAUAACAAAAAUGUUUGCGCUAGUAAUGCAGUCUAUUCAACAUCA